GGGGCUCGAGGGGCGGCGGGAGGGACGCGGGGACUCGCGGACGGCGGCCAGCAGCCUGCUCCGCCCCGCCCCGGACCGCCCUGCCUCCCUGGUUGACUUCCUUCCGGGACGGCGAACGCCACUCCCCCGGUUAGCUACCCACUCUGCGACCCCUGCGUCCCCCGCCUGGCUCAGCCCUCGCGGCUGCCUGGGGUCCGGCUUGGCUUUCUGCCCUAGACUUGCGGUUACGAGCCUACGCCCCGCCCCCGUCUGUGGCCGCCUCCUCCGCGGGCCCUGCCCCGAGGUGUCCAGACAAUCAUUUAUUCCCUCGACAGACAUUAAUAGAGUGGCAGACCCGGGCAUCCUUCCCCUGGGCUCACCGUCUGAUGGCGAGGGAGCACAGAAUGAGAUAAACAGAUCGGUAGAAUUCUAGCUACACAGGAACAAGUUAGAGGCCGGCAUGGUUUGCAACUGGACCCUGACCCAGACCAGGAAGGCAGCCUGCAUCAUGUGGUUGCUAACUGCUCUUCAUUUACCUAUUGAUGCCUCCCAAAAAGAGACGCAGACAGUCCCAGAAAGCCCCGCUGCUGUUCCACCAACAGCCACUGGAGGGCCCCAAACACCAUUAUGAGUCUCGCCAGCAGCCCAUUACCCACACUGUACAGGUGCCCUGCAAGCCCAUUGAUCAGAGCGCCAUCACUUCCUGGGUAUUACCUCAGUUUGAUACAACAGCAGAAAGCCGGUUUCCAAUACACCGGAAACAUCCCCGAGACCGGGCAAGACAUCCAACUCGGAGAUCUACCUGCAAAUUUCCACGUCUAAUCUUUGAGAGUCCACAGUCUUCCAAUUCAGAGACAUUGUUGUUAUCCAACAGAGAGCAGCCCCAGAACUCAGAAAAGGACACACCCAGAAGGCCUUUAGUGCCAUUGUUCAGUCCCCAGAGCGGUGGGGAACUGUCAGUGCAUGUACCUCAAAGCUUACCUCAUGUGUUCAUGCCCCCUGAUAUCCAGACCCCGGAGUCUUCUGUAAGAGAAGAGCCCAUUUCUCCAGACCAGAAGGAAAACAGUCUUCCAAGCUCCAUCCUUGGCCCUAGGACUCCCAGCAGUCCAGAGCCAGGGCCUGUUCUGGUCAAGGACACCCCUGAGGAGAAGUACGGGAUUAAGGUCACGUGGAGACGCAGAAGGCACCUGUUUACCUACCUUAAAGAGAGGGGGAAGUUGGAUAAAAGCCAGUUCCUUGUGAAGACCUGACUGGACUGCACAGACUUCAGUUCAUCCCAAAGCUGCUGUGGGGAGGUUUCUCAAGUCACUUUUGGUUUGAAAGGAUGAAAUGGAAGGAACAUCAGUAGGAAGAGACUUAGCCAGAGGCCUAGAGUUGGAAUCCAGCUUCUAGAUUUGCUUUUUAAGCCACCUUGCAUCAGGAAUAGUUGGAUUUAGUGUCAUGAACUGUUGGUAUUUUUCUCACAUUAGCUGUUUAAGCCUCUGAAGUAUCUUGUACUGUUUACAAUGUUUGUAAAUAAAUGGCUGCCCUGAGUUUUUAGAGAA